AAAACAUGUUCAAAAGAAUGUUUGAAUGGGAUAUGUUAUAGCUCAAGCGGAAUUUGUAAGGACUGUUCAAGGACGUAUUUAAAAAGUUGUUCCCUAGAAUGUGGGAAAGAAUGUCGAGAAAGGGACGGUUUCCCACAAUGUGACAGACAAAGUGGCAAAUGCUUAAAUGGCUGUUUUUUAAAUCACUACGGGCAAUUUUGCAACGUUUCAUGUAAGAACUGCAAAAUAAAUUCCUAUAUUACCCUGUGCGAUGAUAACGGUGUAUGUCUGUAUGGUUGUGAGAACGGUUAUUGGGACAAGAAGUGCAACACUAAAUGCAGUGCCAACUGUCAAGGUGACGAACAUGGAAACCGGUGUAAUUCAUCCACCGGGGAGUGUAUUAACGGCUGUACUCCUGGUUGGAGUGGUAAAUUCUGUGGGGGUAAGCUUAAUGUUAAAAUAUCAAUCGCCUUUCAAAGUUAUGAUAAUCAAUGAGUUUUGAAAUGUAUAUGUAUUUAUCUAAUGUUAAAAUACAUCUGAUUUAAUAAUGCAACGUUAUGUACAAGAUAAAAGAUACAAGAAUCUUUAUUUAAAGACGGGUAUGUGUUAACAAGAAACAUUAGCUUAAUGAGCUUUUUUCAGAUAUGAAUAACAGACAUACAUAACAUAUCAAUAAAAAUUACAAUGAGCUUUUGACCUGGAAAUAUACUACCAGUUCGUUACGCUCACAAAAAUUAUUUAAGUCACAAGCUUGGGAACUUUUCAAAUGAAAAUAAUAUGCUAUUUUGAUCGUGUUAUGGCGUACUUCGAGCAAUAAAUAAAUAACUCCAUUAAUAGUAACGCUCAAUUUUGAUGCCUGAUGGCCACAUACGAUUUUGGCCUCAUUUGAAAGUAUUUGCUUACUGGAUAUCGGUAUGUGAAAGAAAUAACCAAAUGUACAUCGAACAUUAAGUUAAUACAGUAUGUAUAUUUCCUUCUUCGUUUAACUAAAAUCGGACGUAACUGAUAUAUUUUGCAAUCUUUGAUGGCCAAACAAGCUUUUAUUUACAAACUAUUUUCUGCAUACAAACAUCUUUCAAAUGAUAGUAAAAUUAUGUGGGACCACCAGGUAUUCGAAAUUGACAUAUUGGUGUGCUGGAUAUCUAAUGAGAUUAUUCAAGAAAUUGUGGCCUGUUCGGAUUCAUGUUUAGGUUAUUUAGUUUGCCCAGCAAUUGAUAUUCUAACGCACAUUUCUAUUAAGUUUCUUUAGAUAUGAGACGUUUGCAAACUACGACUACUGUUUCGACCGAUAAAAAGAAAGUCAACUCCCUUAAGACAACUUUGAUAGUCAUAUCAGCUAUAUUCACUGUGGUUGUCUUUGUUGUCGGGAUUAUUUGCUACGUAUGGGCACGAAAAAGGUUUAUCCGUCAGCAGAAUGAACGCAUAGAACGAGGCCGGAUAUUUCCAGUUGGCGUUCCACCAAGGCAACAAUCAUCUCGUAGACGGCAGAGCUCCAACGUGUAUGCCGACAUCAAUGAAGAUACCAUGGAACAAUAUCGUUACAUCUGUGAGCAAAACUCACCUGAUCACUAUGAUGAAAUCAGCGUCACACAAUAUGACCGUGAUAUCGAAACCGUGCCUUUAGAAGAAUUUACGGACGACAGUAGAUCCCUACAGAGCAUCCUAGAAUCUAAAGGCAUAAAUGAACUUAACAGUAGUGACAAAAUAAUAUCCAGGUUGAUCGUCACACAUUCGUAUAGUGAUCUUGGUCAUGCCUGUAAGAACGACAAUACGAACGAAGUUAAUCCCCGACGUAGAGUCGAAGAAUCUAAUAGCAGUAUUGAACUUGUUAAAGAUUUCGAUGAGGAUGAAGAAAUAUUUGGUGAUUUAGGACAAUUUCAAGUGGAUUAUAUUCAUGCUGUUGCGAUGGAAGAAUUUGAAUCGCUCAAUCAAGAAUUAGAUAAUCAAACUAUAGAGUCUUCGCUAUAAAUGAGUCAUAUGGAACUAGUCAGAGAAUACUUGUGUGAAGAUGAUGGAAACUUGAAUGAAACCCUGCCUGCUCAAUCGCAACACGAGGCAAUAAUGAGCGAUUGAGCAAACACUAAAAGGCCAUUUCAAAUGACAAAGUGAUGAACUAAAACAAAACGGCUCUCUCGUAUAAAGCUGACACAUGAUUCAAGUUGGCGAUUUGAUUUUUCAUAUUUAACUUGUGUCCCAUAAUAAAAGCACUGUCUGUCUUCCAAUCCGUUCUUUAAAACCCAUGUCUCAGCCAAAAGUUAGAUAUUAUUAUUGAGAUUUUCAUUAGAUCCCCAGAAUUCUAGAGCAUUAUGGAAGGCUGCAUUACAUUCAGGUCGUCAUCUCAAAAAUUAAGGUCACAUUUUUAGAUCAAUGUUGCAUGAUAAAACAGAAAUAACAAUGCGUUGUGUAUAUACAUAUUGACAUUAAAUUCCACAGAGAUUAAGUGUGUAUUUAAAAGAUGUGUCGAGCAUAAUCUAUUUCCUUUCAGUUUAAAUGUCAAUAUCAUAAUUAAAUUAAAUGUUUCCAAGUAAGUUUUAAAAUAAGUGUCCAAGUAAGUGUAAGUGUCCAAGUAAGUGUUAAUUGUUCCAAGGCGGUAAUACCUUCAUUUAUAUGUACGGCUUUUUAAUGCAUAUAUGGUAGGUUUGUGGUGUUUGUUUGUACGUGUGUAUGUGGUGUUUGUACGUUUGUGUCACAAGUUCAGAACAAUUCUGUCAUUUGCCGUAUUACUUUUAUUUUUAUUAAUUAUGUAUUUGAAUAUUUUUAUUACUGGGCUUAUUUCUUUCCAUUUUUGUUUAAUGUGCCGUGUAAAAAAUGAAUUGCUUUAAUAUGAUUAUAAGUGCAUUAAAGCGCAUGCAAAACAUUAUGCAUGUUAGAAGUAUUGAUGAUAUAAUACCUUUUAGUUCAAGGUUUUGUAAAUGUGACUUAUGAAUUAUUGAAUGGCUAUGUAUAAACUCGCUUGCCUAUUAGAAUUGAUGGACUUAUCAAUUACAUUUUGGUAUAUUCCGAAUAUUGUUUGUAUUUUUUUGCCUGUGAACAGCAUUGUGAUAAAGGUACAAUCACGCUUGUUGCGUCUACGGCCUUUUAACGCUUUUAGGGCUUUUUAUCAUAGUCGAACUCAAAUAAAUCUACGUAACUUACAUGUAAUUGUUUACAGAUAAAAUAUUUCUGAAUAUAGAAUAUUUAUUUCUAUGUUUAUGUUUGAUUUGCAUAAAGUG